AUGGGCCUGGCAGGCAAGGUCAGUUCAUGGUGUCUCUUUGAUGUUGAUUCUCUGAUAGAUGGACACCUCAAAGAGGCAACAUCUCUGCGCCAGACGACCCAAUCCUCGGGCGCCUGCGAUUCGUGGUUCUCUCGUCAGUGCUGUACCCCUCGUUGUGAUGGACAACGUGGAGAAAUUGACAGAGGUUCCAACGUGGAGGGCUUUGAGCUCUAUGACUGCAAGGUCAAGGAGGGGGCCUAUCCCAAGCCCAAAAGGACCUAUGGCGCCUACAACCGGGAUGGCCAGCCGAUCACCUCUGCAGAGAUGAACGACUACAUCUUUCAGUUUCGCUCCGUAAAGGUCUUGCCUCAGAUCCCCUCGUCCAGCUAUGUCUGCGAAGAAGAAUGUUCCAUCCGCCACCCCAAGGACCGGCGAACCAAGGCGUCCGGCACACGCAGCAUCAAAGUCUACAGGGCUGGAAAAGUUCAACCAGGCGAGCCUGCCAAACAAACCGGGCUUGGCUGCAUGGACCUACCGCCCUUGCUGGCGAUGUCCAUUUUGCACAAGGGGUUGCCCAGACUGUUUUACGGUGAGGGAAAGUUUGUGAUGGGCUUUGCGGAGGCCUGCGUGAGCCUCCCCGCAAAGAUACUUAAAACUCACCCAUGGCAGGCUGAUGCCUAG